GCUCUCUGUCUCUGUCUCUCUCUCUCUCUCUCCCCAUAUAUACAAUAAUUUGGCCGUGAUUUGGGCUUUCAAAAAUGGAUUUUGUAUCAAAGGUGACAGUUCUAAACACUCUGCUGGCUCUUAUUGUUCUUCUCUCUGCAGAACCUGUCGUGUCUCUUAAACAUCGUAAAUGGGGUCGAGGGAAGAAGUUGGCCUCAGGAGGAAAUGGGGAUCUUGUGACUGAUUUGCCUGGCCAGCCUGCUGUAGGCUUCAGGCACUAUGCUGGGUAUGUCACCGUAAAUGAAACAAAUGGAAGGGCACUCUUUUACUGGUUUUAUGAGUCCACAACUGAGGCUGAUGGCAAACCAUUGGUGCUUUGGCUUAAUGGAGGUCCUGGGUGCUCUUCUGUGGGAUAUGGAGCAACACAAGAAAUUGGUCCUUUUAUAGUGGACAGCAAUGGACUUAAAUAUAAUAACUACUCUUGGAAUACAAAAGCCAACAUGUUAUUCCUCGAAUCUCCAAUUGGUGUCGGCUUUUCAUACUCAAAUACAACCAGCGAUUACAGUAAUCUGGGUGAUGAUUUUACUGCAAACGAUACUUAUGUUUUCCUACACAAAUGGUUCCUCAAGUUCCCAUCGUAUAGAAAGCGAACCUUUUACAUUGCAGGGGAAAGCUAUGCAGGAAAAUAUGUUCCAGAGCUGGCUGAGCUGAUCAUGAUCAAUGACAAGAACAUGGAUCCUUCCCUUCGAAUUAAUCUCACGGGUAUUUUGUUGGGGAAUCCUGAAACAUCUGAUGCUGAGGACUGGAGAGGACUAGUGGAUUAUGCUUGGAGCCAUGCUGUGAUAUCAGAUGAGACCCAAAAAUUAAUCAGAGAAAGCUGUGAUUUCCACAGCAAUGACACAUGGAGCAACAUCAGUUGUAGUAAUGGCGUUGAUGAAGUACUCAAACAGUACAAGGAGAUUGAUAUCUAUAGCCUCUACACCUCAGUCUGCACUGGCAAUAAUAUUUCUGCUGGUAAUUCGGAUGAUAAAUCAAUGCAAGUCAUGAUGAAGCGCACAUCUAUGAUGAUGCCAAGAAUAAUGGGUGGUUAUGACCCUUGCCUUGAUGACUAUGCAAAAAAAUUCUACAACAGACCAGAUGUUCAGAAGGCUUUACAUGUUAGCGAUGGUCGACAGCUCAAGAACUGGAGCAUCUGCAAUACGAAGAUAUUUGAGGAGUGGUCAUAUUCAAAGCCAUCUGUUCUCCCUAUAUACAAGAAUCUUAUUACAGCAGGGCUUAGAAUCUGGGUCUACAGUGGAGACACGGAUGGAAGAGUUCCUGUACUGUCCACAAGAUACAGCUUAAGUUCCCUGGGACUGCCGAUCACUAAGGCAUGGAGGCCCUGGUACCACCAAAAGGAGGUCAGUGGUUGGUUUCAAGAAUACGAGGGACUUACGUUUGCUACAUUUAGAGGGGCAGGCCAUGCAGUGCCUUGCUUCAAACCAAGCAACUCACUGGCAUUCUUCUCAGCUUUUCUCCUUGGGGAUGCUCCACCUUCUGAACGCUAAAGACUGCGAGUUCUUUGUACCUCUCUAAAAGAUUUUGCUCUUAAUUAGCAUAUUAUUAUAAGUAGCAGAAAACAUACAGCGAGUAAAGAAAAUAUGCCGAUGUUGCACUAUAUGGCAAGCUGUGAAGUUAUAAUAUCAUAUCUUUCGCUU